GACAAGCUGCGAUUGAUUAACUUGAAGUUGGAUUAAGUUUUACUCCGUUUAAAUCAAGUAUUAAUAGGAUUAUUGGAUCAAACUGAGUCUUGAUAAUGCCCAUCAACUUAGUUCUUUCUGUAAGAAUACAAAAUCACGUGGAGGGCCCUGAGGAGAUGUAGCAAGAUCUGAGCAGUUGAUUGGUUGAAAAGCUCCUCCGAUCUUCCAAGCUGGUGCGAACAGGACUCUCUUACCAACCAACGGCACUGGUGGGCAGUUUUCAAGCCUCUAUCACCUGGAAUCACGCUCGUCUAUUCACUUCAUCAUCACCGUAGGCUUUCCAUUUUACAAAACCCAGCAAAAUCCAACCGUCCAGGUCAACCGAAAACCUACUCCAAGUCGUAAAGAAUAAGCUGCUGUUUGCCCAUUAAAAUUGGAAAAGCAGGAGUAGAAGAAUGCGAAAAGAGCGGGGAAAGUAAAUUCAGGAAGUGAGGGAACGAGAGCGAGUCAUUCGAAACUGCUCUUUCUAUAAAUCAUUUUCUCUCUCUCUCAACAACCCUUUUCUUCGCUUCACAGAUCUAUCUACUGAACUGAACUCACUUUUCAGUUGAAGGUACCUUCUUCGAGAUCAUUUACAUAUUCUUUGACUAGUAUUUUCAAUUGGGUGCUUGAGAUAGACUGUCAGAUUCUUUAAUACAAAUGUUUUGGCAUCUGGGUUUAUUGAAAGUUUUAGCCUUUAUGUGUUUGUUUUCAGAUAUUAUAACUUGAUCUUUGUUGCAUUGUGAAUCAAUGGCGUAUUGAUUGAGCGUCGCAUGAUCUACAUUCUGAGUGUAGAAAUGCUUGAUGUUUUGAUUAAAAGAAUAUUAUUUGUUUGAUAGUGUUAAUCUAUCGGUUUUGAGUAUUAAUUUGACUGAUUGAUCUUGAACGGGAGUGUUGGCAAUUUAAGAACUUUUUGCUAACAUUUUAAUGAUCUCUCAGUUAAGGAAUGGAAACUUUUCUGUUCACUUCUGAAUCUGUCAAUGAUGGUCAUCCUGACGCUUUGUGGCCAGGCAAGCUUUGUGGCCAGGUAUCAGAUGCUAUCCUCCAUGCCUGUUUAGAGCAGGAUCCUGAGAGCAAAGUUGCUUGUGAGACCUGUGCUAAGACUGAUAUGGUUAUGGUGUUUGGUGAAAUCACAACCAAGGCUAAAAUAGACUAUGAGAAAAUAGUUCACGAUACUUGCAGAGCUAUUGGGUUCACAUUGGCUGAAGUUGGCCUUAAUGCUGAUAAAUGCAGGGUUCUUGUCAAUAAUGAGCAACAGAGCCCUGAUAUUGCCCAAGGAGUUCAUGGGAAUCUCAGCAAGAAACCUGAGGAAAUUGGAGCUGGCGAUCAAGGGCACAUGUUUGGCUAUGCCACUGAUGAAAUGCCUGAGCUCAUGCCACUAACUCAUGUCCUUGCUACUAAGCUUGGCGCUAAACUCACUGAGGUCGAAAGAAACAUAACUUGCCCAUGGUUGUGGCCAGAUGGUAAGACCUAGGUGACUAUUGAGUAUUGCAACAAAGGCGGAGCCAUGGUCCCAGUUCGAGUUCAUACCAUUAUCAUUUCGACACAACAUGAUGAGAGUGUUACCAACGAGAAGAUUGCUCAAGACUUGAAAGAGCAUGUGAUUAAGCCUGUUAUCCCUGCUCAGUAUCUUGAUGACAACACCAUCUUCCACCUCAUUCCUUCAGGCCUUAUUAUUGGUGGUCCCCAUGGAGAUGCUGGACUCACUGGCUGGAAAAUUAUUGUCGAUACAUACAGUGGGUGGGGUGCCUACGGUGGAGGUGCCUUCUCAGGAAAAGAUCCCACCAGGGUGGAAAGGAUUGGAGCAUACAUUGCUAGGCAGGCAGGAAAGAGUGUGGUGUCUUCAGGGCUUGCACGUCGUUGUAUUGUGCAGGUAUCAUACGCAAUUGGCAUACCAGUGCCACUUUCAGGGUUUGUUGACGCUAACAAGACAGGAAAAAUUCCAGACAGCAACAUUCUGGCUUUAAUUAAGGAGAAUUUUUACUUCCGGCCCAGAAUGAUUGCUAUCAAUCUUGAUUUGAAAAGAGGAGGCAACUUCAGGUACCAGAAAACUGCCGCUUAUGGUCACUUUGGUCGGGAUGACCCAGACUUCACCUGGGAGACUGUUGAGCCUCUUCAGCCAAAGGCCAAGGCAUAAGUAUUUUUUGGCAAAUGGUUAAAAUGGUAGCCAUCAUUGGGAAGAAAUAAAGAAAAGGCUUAAGUCUGAGAUAUUAGCAAAUUUUGGGGACAUGUUAUAUUUGUCAUUUGUCUUUCGAUUCCAUUUUAUUUAUUGUAGCUAGUUAUUGUUUCAGGAGCCAAUGAGCCAUACAGUUUGUUCACCCAGAAUAUUAUCUGGUUCGUUUGAUUUCAUCAAAAUUUGGAUUUAUAAUGUCA